CUACAACAACCGCUUAGCCAAAGGGUAUUAAUUUUGAGGCGAGACAUCAAUGGGAGACUUUAAUGACAUAGCUACUAUUGACGAAGCCUCACCUAGAGCAGUGCAUAGAUUCACUAGUGCUCGUCGUUUUCGGGAACACCUAGAAGCUUGUAAUCUACACUCUAAGGACUCACUGGGGUGUAAGUUCACUUGGAUACGUCAGACAAAUGGUCGAGUUACCCUGCGGGAGAGGCUUGACCGGGCACUUUUCAAUCUUGCUGGCCUUGAGGAAUUCCCAGAUGCAAAACUUAUCAAUUUACCAAGACUAUGCAGUGAUCAUCAUCCCAUCAUGUUAAACAUUGAUCCCCCUAAUCGAAUUUCAAGGGCUGCAAAACCACCUAGAUUUGAAGCCGCUUGGUUGACCCAUGGGGGUUUUAAGGAGGUGUUCUGUCAUGCAUGGAUGACUCAUGACCACUCACUUCCUUCGGCUAUUAGUGCUGUUCGAACAGCUUGCUUCAGUUGGAACAAAACAGUGUUCGGGGAUUUAUUUCGAUGCAAGCGUCUUUUAAGAGCACGGCUUAGGGGAAUACAGAACUCCCCCCAUUACAAUCACUCCCUCUACCUUCAGAAUUUGGAAAUGGAACUACUAGAGGAAUAUCACAAAGUGUUGCAUGCAGAGGAAUUAUUUUGGUGUCAGAAAUCACGGGUUGAAUGGAUUAAUUCUGAUCCAAUCGCCUUGAAGAAUCAUGUCCAAGAUUUUUUUGUGGAUUUGUUUUCCCAAAAGGAGACUAGAGCUACUGGCAUCGACUACUCUUGCUUUCAACCAAAAAUGUCAGAUGAAGAUAGUGCUUCUUUGUUGCUUCCUAUUUCCAUGGAGGAAGUUAAAUUAGCUCUCUUUUCCAUGAAAGGUCUCAAAAGUCCUGGUCCUGAUGGUAUUCAACUGAUCUUCUAUCAGAAACAUUGGGAUAUUGUUUCGGUUACUUCAUUGCAGCUUUCUAUCAUUUGGAAUGGAGAGGAAUUACCUUACUUCCAGCCAAAGAGAGGUCUACGUCAAGGCGACCCCUUAUCGCCAUACCUCUUCAUUAUGGUGAGGGAGAAACUCUCCUAUAUGAUUAUGAGUCGAUUGCAAGAACACAAAUGGACUCCUUUCCGACUGUCACGUGGGGGACUAACACUCUCACAUUUAUUUUUUGCAGAUGAUCUCAUGUUGUUUGGGAAAGCUUCAAUCACUCAAAUUGAAACUAUUAUAGAUUGUCUCUCUGAAUUUGCAAGACGAUCAGGAUUGGAGAUAAACUUGGGCAAGUCUAAGUUAUUUGUUUCUCCAAAUAUCCAGGGACAGUUAGCAAACUCCUUCAGUUCUGCUUGUGGCAUCCCUUUGACGCAUGAUCUUGGCAUUUACCUUGGGGUGCCUAUUAUCCAUGGUAGGUUCAAGGCCAGUAACUACAAAUAUAUUCUUGAAAAGAUGCAGAUUAAGCUUGCAGGGUGGAAACAGAAGUCCCUAAGUCUGGCGGGUAGGAGAACACUAGUGCAAUCGGUAACCUCCUCGAUACCAACCUAUACCAUGCAAACAGUUCUCCUUCCUAGCAGCACAUGUUCAGCCAUAGACUCCUUGAAUCGCAAAUUCCUUUGGGGUUCAGAUAUACAAACUAACAAACCACACCUUGUCCAUUGGAAUGAUGUCUGUUUACCGAGGAGAUAUGGUGGACUGAGUGUGAGAUCUGCCAAAGAGUGUAACAAGGCUUUGAUUGCCAAGUUAGGCUGGCAAAUACUUUCAGGGGGUGAGAAGCCAUGGUGCCAAGCUAUCAAGCAUAAAUACCUGCAUUCAGCGAGUUUCUCUAGUUGCAAGCCCACGCCUUCUUCAUCCAUAACGUGGCGAAGCAUCUUAAAAACUAGAGAUGUUGUACAGUUGGGAACACGGUGGAGAGUAGGAUCUGGCUGUAACAUACAGCUUUGGAAUGACAUCUGGGUAGGUAACUCAACACUUCUGGAAUCUACAAUAGCUCCAGUCCCACAGCACCUACUUGCAGCCAUUCCGUUAUCAAUAACUGGACACUUGAAUGAUCAAAUUUAUUGGAAUGCUGCUUCAUGUGGUGACUUCACAGUAAAGUCAGCUUUUAGCCUUAUUCAACAGUCUCGAAUUCCUAAUGCUCCUAGACCUGAGGACUGGACCUGGAUUUGGCACUUAGGCUGCAUCGAAAGAGUGAAGCUCUUCGUUUGGUUGCUUUGGAGAGGAAAAGUUCUCACAAACUCCGUUCGCUUUGAGCGCCACAUGGCUCCUACGCCGGUGUGCCCUCGCUGUGAGCAAUCACCCGAAACCCUUCUACACCUCCUGAGAGACUGUUUCUACUCGUGGCUAGUUUGGGAGUCGGUGAGUCUUCUACCUACUGACUUCUUUUCUCUGAACUUUGAUUCUUGGUUGAAAAGGAAUGCUAUCACACCAAGGCGAAAGACCAACUCUCCGGACUUAUGGCCAUUUGUCUUUCUCGCAACCAUCUGGCACUUGUGGAAGAGUAGGAACAAAUUGGUGUUUGAAGGGCAACGGAUUCCGCCACAUCUUGUUACUAACCAGGCUCACAGCUUUGCUUUGGAAUCAAGAUUUGCCUUGGAAUCAGUUAAUCUGAUUCAUGACACCAGAACUCCCAGAUGGGUCUCUUGGACCCCACCACCACAUCCUUAUCUUAAACUAAACACCGAUGGAUCCCACAAUCAUCACUCAGGCAAAGCAGCAGCUGGAGGACUCAUUCGUGAUCACAACGGGCGUUGGGUUCAUGGUUUUGCUGUAAACGUUGGUCUCACAACAAGUUUCUUGGCUGAGUUGUGGGGUUGCAGAGAAGGUCUCAAGCUUGCUCACUCUCUGGGGAUACAGCAGUUGGUCUUAGAAAUGGACUCUUUACUUGCAAUACAACUCAUUCAAAAUCGGCAGGUUUCAGCCGGACCAGCCUCGGUGCUUCUUACGGACAUCUUCGUGUUGAUAGAUUUCUUUAGCAGCUGCCUGGUACAACACACUCUCAGGGAGGGGAAUUUAGCUGCGGAUUUCAUGGCAUCCAUGGGUCAUGAAUUAACGUUGGGCACUACAUCUUUUCCCACACCUCCGGUGGAUAUUCACAUGACCUUACAAAGUGAUCAUCUAGGGACCAUUUUCCUUAGAAGGUAAGCUGAACUGUAGCUUCUGAUGUACCAAAAAAAAAAAA